AUGAUGAAUAACCAUGUGGUUGCCAGGAUCUCUAGGUUUACUGUCACCGAUGUCAUGAUGCUAGAUGAUGGAGAGGGAGAUGAAGAGGAAGAAGAGACAUCCGAAGAAGAAGAAGAGGAAAGAAACAGCGACGAGGCCCAUCCGGAAGACCUCAUGGCUCCACCUCCCACCCAGCAGCAGCAGCAGCAGCAGCACGAGCCGGCCCCAGAAAACCCUCUCCGGCGUCCGACGACGCGUAACUCGCGCAAGUUUUGGCACGUUUCGCAGGCCGAGUGGAACAAGCGCUCGGCGUCAAACAAGAAGGGCGAUAAAGACUACAUGCGCCAGUAUGCCCAUGCUGGGCUCAUUAUGGAGACGAAGCAGGGUGUUGACCGCGAUCCUCCUUGCACGGCUUGCCUUGCUGCAAAGGUGGACUGCAAGGUUUUCGCUCCCGGUCACAACCCCUCUUCAACGACCACCUGCGCGCGCUGCCGUAUCAAGAGGUGCCCUUGUGUGGCAUCUGGCCCGGAAAACACUGGAGAGAAGCAGGAUUCGGGUCUGAGAGAGGAGCUGGCGGAGCUGAGGGAGGAGCUGAGGGAGGAGCUGAGGGAGGAGCUGAGGGAGGAGAUGCGGCGUCUUAACGCAGCUUCACAGGACAGGAUGGAGGAGCAGGAGAUGAUUAUUAAGGCUCAGGCUUACCGCAUCAAGCAGUUAGAAGAGAGUAAUAGUGCUCUCUGGGAGUUGGUAUGA